AAAGUUAUCAGUUUUGUCCGUAACGUAUCAAAGGCUGCACUGCCCCGUCCUCAUUUAUAUACAUUUUAUGCAAUAAUAAAUGUUAGUGGAUGAAAAGGAUGGCGAAAUCAAAGGAGAUGAAAUCUAAAGUGAAAAUGGAAGGUGAAUUCAUUCCCCCGGACGGAGGCUGGGGGUGGAUGAUUAUUAUUGCCGCUGGAGUUUCUAACCUGUCUGCUCUGCCAAUGCUGCAGCAGUUCGGGCUGCUGUUCCGCGACAGGUUCUCCAGCCUCGGCAUCACCAGCUCGGAGACCACCACCAUCAUAAACAUGAACUCGGCGCUGACCUCUUGCGUCGGUUUAGCCAACGGGCCAGUAUUUAAAACAUUCACGUACCGCCAAGUGUCGCUGACUGGAGCGUGCGUGGUCUUCAUUUCAUUAAUUCUAUGCACAUUUUCGUACAACUUCGUCACCUACCUCGUAUCGUUUUCUAUACUCUAUGGUGCUGGAUACGGAAUAAGCAGCUCAGCUAAUGCACUUGCUUUGAACACUUACUGGAAGAAUAGAAGACGUCUAGCGACCGGCCUCUCAUGGACUACCACAGGGCUUGGCCCUAUGUUAUGGCCACACAUUAUCACCGGUCUGAUCUAUCUCUUUGGCGAACAUGGAUGCAUUUUUCUUAUAAGUGGGUUUUCCUUACAUGCCAUCGCUUGCGCAUUACUACUUCAACCAGUGGAAUGGCACUGCAAAUCUACCAAUCGAGAAAAUGGCGACGAAGAAAUAUUAUUGGGCUCUGAACAAUCUGACAAAAGGGAUAAGGAAAGUGGUUAUUACAGCAAUAUGUCAAAAUUUAAGAAUAUCAGUGCUUUUUCCAGUCAGUAUAUUUAUAAUGAGGAUGAUCCAGUUAAUCCAGGAUAUGAAAUCACGGACCCGGGAGUGCCCAUGAUGUUGCGUGCCAACGACGGUUACUUUAGUCAAUCACGUCAAUCGAGAAGCAAGCUGUCGUCAAGGGAUGCCUCAGCUAAAACUUCCCGCAUGAAUUCAAAAAAACCUUCAAUGUCAAAUCUAACUGAAACUCGAUCUCGCAAAUCUUCUACGUUGUACCUCAAUGAAUCUAAAAAAAACUCCGCAGCAAAUCUGGGCACACUAGCCAACGAGCGAGAAAAUUAUAAACCCAAGUUAUACCUUAAUGAAUCUAAAAAAAACUCUGCUGUGAAUUUAGGAGCCAUGGCUCAAGAAAGAGACAAUUAUAAACCAAAAAGAAAAACUUCAAUUACCCAAACGCAGAUUCCAGAAUCGGAAAUAGAAGACUGCCCGACACUUAAAGCUCCUCAAGAUCUUAAAGCUGAUGAAAAGGUAGCUGUUGAAAAUAUAGAUCCAGAAAAAGCUAAAGUUAUUGCAGAUAAGGCUGAAAAACAUUUAGCUGGCAGUAAAAGUCUAAAAUCAUUCAAAAUGGAGAGUCAGUAUGGCGAAACUUAUAACAAAAAUAAUCAUAGCAACAUAUCGCUUAAAAAUCUAGACGAUGUUGAUGAACGAAAAUAUUUAAGAGAUAAUGCUAGCAAUCAAUCAUACCGUACUAGAUAUAGACGGAAAUCGAAUAAUUUUAAUUACGAAAGCGAAGUGUUAAAACAAGCUUCUUUGAAAUUAGAACAAUAUUUAAAAGAGAACGAAGAACCUGAUAACUUCAAAUUGUUAAUUCAUGGCCAGUUAGAGGAUGAUGUGAUUGAAGAAAACACAGAAAACGAGGAUGUUGAAGAUGAUGAAGAAGGACUGCUUACGUUUUGUCAAAAAGUGGCAAUAUUCUUCGAUUUAGAUUUGCUGAGAGACUUCACUUUCAUUAACUUGAUGCUCGGAAUCACGUUAGCUAACUUUAAUGAACUCAAUUUCUCUAUCCUAACACCAUUUAUACUAGGUGAUUACGGUAUGAGUAAAUCAGAAGUGGCUUUCUUUAUGUCGUUGCUAGCUGGAGUGGACAUUUGCGUCAGAUUCUGCAUCCCUUUCGUAGCUGGCAAAAUUGGAUGGGACAACAAUUCGUUCUUCCUCUUUGGUGUCUUAUCAAUGGCAAUGGGUAGAGUGGUUCUCGCCUACUACCAGACGUACUCCGUAGUGCUCCUGGUGGCGGUCAUGAUCGGCUUCGGCAAGGGGCUACGGACGGUGUUCAUGGCGCUGGUGAUUCCCACCCACGUGCCGCUGCACAAGCUGCCCGGGGCUACCGGCAUCCAACUGAUCACGGCCGGCAUCGUGUAUUUGGUGUUGGGACCUGUUGUUGGUUGGAUAAAAGACAAUGCCUCGACAGCUGUCACAUUACAUUGUUUAAACAUAUUCACGUGGCUCACAGCUCUCUCGUGGGGCCUUGAAAAAUACAUCAAUUACAUCAGAUCGAAGCAACAGCCCGUAACCGUAACCGUAACCAAAGAAGACAUUAUUAAAACAUAAAUUAAGUAAUGGAAAAUAGGAUACAUAUUUCAUACUAAUUCUAUUAUUUAAUAUUUGAAUAAAAUAAUUUUAGAU